CAAAUAGGCGGAGAGGGUUGGUGGAGAGGGAGUCGUUUGCAUAGUGAAAGAUCCAUAGUCGACGUCGUUCCCCGAAGUACUUGAUUGUCACGAUGGGUGCCGGGUGCUGCACGAUGCGGCACAAGGACAAAAGGGAGCGCUUCCAACCAUCGGUGAUCGAGCCAAAACCCCACCGAAACGCACAGCCCUCAAUCUGUGUUUAUCCAUGGGUCUUGACGUUUGAUGCCAUUGGUGUGUUCACUCAGUUCCUGCACACCCUGGUGGUGACGUAUUCUUCCCAGGUGGACUUCGUGCCGUACUGGAUGGACUUCGCUCCUCUGUGGCCGGCCCGCAGCGACACUCCCAAGAUGCUCGUGGUCGCAAACAGACAGCUCAUACAGACAUUCAAGUGAGUGCUGGAGAGGGAGGGAGGGAGGGAGGAGUCGUUGUGUGUGUCAUGUGUUUUGAUGCAUGGCAUGGACCGGCAGGCUUGAGUGCAAUGGUGGUGACGAGAGCGACUUGGAGGACAUGUCUGCCUGCCAUCGGCGUGUGCUGGACGACAACGAGGGCCUCACCGCCAUGGCCUUCUCGGACCCUGACAACUCCAGAUACCUCAUUGUGAGUGACCACUCACACACUCAUAGGCAGGCACUCAGGAAAGGCGAGCGUGCUGGUCAAUCGCUUGUCGUUCGUGUGUCAGUUGGGUGUGUCCGUGACGGGCGAGGCGAGUGAGAGCGACCUGGUGCCAUCAUCCAGCGUAUCGACCACACCCUCAGACGAGGUACGGCUGCCUAACCCUCACUCAACAUACAGACAGACAGAGAUGCGCCGCGCCCUCUCUCUCUUUCCCCGACAGGUGCCCAAGACCGUUUACGUGCGUAUGGUAGAUUUGCAGAGCGGCCUGACCACGGUGAGCAGUCACGUGGGCCACAAGGCCGACGUCCGCUGCAUCGCUGGGGGAUACUUCCGCGUCUUCACGGCCGACGAGGACGGACACUGCUGCGUAGGGGAUGGAACACCAUACGCCACCCAACACCGUGCAGCACUGCCUCGUGUGUUGUGCGCGCGCGUGUGUGUGUGUGUGUGUGUGUGUCAGUCGUGGCGUAAGGAGCGCAGGCACAGGUCGUCCAAGGACUCCAAGCAAGGGGCGGCCGAUCUGCAGACGGCCCAUCCGUACACCCUGCAGCCACACGGCUCCAAGAGGCUGCACCAGGCCGCCAUACUCGUAAGGGAGAGGGCAUUCACACACACACACACACACACAUACAUACGGGCGGAGGGGGGAUGUGAUGUGUUCUGAUAUCACUUGCACCUCACCUUCCUCUCUGUUCUGUCUGUUUGUGUGCCGUGCGUGCAGCAAAUGGAGGUGGAUACGCAAUUUCUCUACACUCUUAGCUCCGACCAGACUAUUGGCAUAUGGGUACCUGACGAGUGUGAUGGAGUCCGCUGUCGUAUUUGUGCAUCUUUCUUCCGCCCUUUGUUUGUAUCAGCACGUGCGCGACAUGCAGGCCCACACGCUGCUGAAUGUGGUGGUGGGCUUCAACAGACAGCUGAGCGCACAGGGCCUGCUCGCAGACACGGAGGAUGACCAUGCACUAGGAGCGGCGGCUGUCUGCAUGAAGAGGCACACCGACGCUGUCCAGGCGCCAGUGAGUGGACACACACACACACACACACACACACAGCAGAAUGAAGGCAGGAGAAUGGGUAUGGUGUGGAUGUUUGGGUGUGGCUAUAAUGGUGCGUGUGCGUGCGUGCGUGCGUGCGUGUGGCAGGUGACGCGUCGAUCCCAGCUGGUGCGUCCCAAGUCUCGUUGGGGCUCCAGCAACGGCUCCUGUAGAGGACAGGCCUUCCCUAUGGGCCCACUCUAUGUGGUAAGAAUGCGUCUUAGGUUAGCCGAUGGACGAGAUGAUGCAUUCCUGCACGAGUGAGUGGUGGUGUGUCUUCCUCCCUCAGACGGUAGAGACCAAGUUGGGUGACGGGUGGCUGUUGGUGUACUACCUGGACCAGAGAGAGCCCUCGCCCCACCAAACCGCGGCAGACGACGUGGGUGAACGGGCGGGCGAGUGGGGACGGGCAAGCCGCGUGAGAAUCUUGAAGGGAUGGAUGUAUGGAUGGAUGGGGCGUCAUGCGUCUGUGUGCGUUGUCUUAGGAUGAGGGCGAGAGCUGGGAGGAGGUCGACGACGCGUCGUCUUCGCCGGCCAGUGACACGGGCGCAUCCCCCACCCUCCCACCAUUCUUAGACAGUAGCAGCAGCGGCAGCAGCAGCGGGGCCACGGUCGGCAUUCAGGUCGACAUGGAAUACGACCCCUCAUCGGUCUCACUCGGACGGCCCAAACCCGCAGCCGCGGCAGCCGCUGACGAGACGCCAUCCUCUCCCUCUCCCUCUCCCUCCGCCCUGAGGGACCACAGCCAGAAGAGCGUCUCCACCCAGGCAUCAUCUGCCGACAUUGCAUCCUCAUCCGACCCAUCGGUCCCAUCACGCGACCGCUCAUUCGUCCCCGGCUCGGCCACGUCGCGGCGAGUCAUAUCGGCGGGCAGAGAGGCCUCAGAGGAGCCGCCGAGCGACGCCCAGUCCUUCGAUCGUGCGAGGCGUGUGCGGGGUCCGUUGCAUGUGCCGGUGACGGACGACGAUGUCAAGUGCCGUGCGCUGCGGGUGCAUUCGGGCGCCAUUACUGCCAUGGUGUACGGCCCGUACGACAAUGGCCCGGUCAUCACUGCGUCGGAGGAUAGGAGCGUUCGCGCAUGGGUGGGCCCGUGACGGACGGACACAGAUGGGAUGGCCUCUCAUCGGAGAGGCGUCUUGCGCAUCUCCAUCCAUCCUCCUUGUGUCUGUUGGUUUGUGUGGUGUGUGGUGUGUGUAUGUUGACUGACUGACACAGGAGGCUACCAGUCUGAUGUGUCAGGGGUCUCGCGAAGAUGCACUCGUCAGUCAGCCAAGAAACACCUGACUGAUACUUACUGGACACACACUCCCUGCCUGUCUGUCUGUGUGCGUGUGUGCCCGUCCGUCCGUCCAUCAUUCAUGACUGCCUGCAGGAUCGGAUCACGGCGAUGCGCACCAACCCGCCGUUCAACAUCAUCACCUGCAGCCCUUCACGUAUACGGGUACGGUACACCCAACCACCCACACAGCCAGCCAGCCACGCAUCCACACACAGUAGUGCUGAUUGAUUCGUGUGUCUGCUGUGUCUGCGUGUGACCCAUAACUAUCAGUUGUGGACGUUGAUCAACUCGAGGAGCCGUCAGUUUGACGUGACGGACGAGGAAAUGGUCCGGCGCCGCGAGGCACGCGCCCACGGACACGGCGAUACUAAGGGGGAGGGAGGGGCAGAGGGCGAGGGGGCGGGGGUGGAUGGGGGGAGGCCCAAAAGGGAUAGGCGGACACAGUACCUCCUGCACGACUGACUGACUUACUCCAUCAGAGGCGGGCAGCCAGCAGUGCGUGCAGACGGUGUUCUUCUGUUGUGUAAAGGGUAGAUGAAUGCAUUGAUUGAUUGUCCGUAAGACUCUCUUGAUUAGCGGGCCUGUUGCCUAGGACAGACAAAUCAGUUCAAUCCCCCUUCCUCGUCC